AUGGACACCAUUCUCGAUUUUUUCCAUCAUCUUCACGCUCCACUCAUGGCGCUGGCCAUCGUCACCGUAUGCAUUCUUCGCAUGAUCCACUUGAUGAUUCUAUAUCCCACUUUUCUUACUCCUCUACGAGCUCUUCCUACCCCCUUAAAUCGUUCGUGGGCCAGGGGAAAUUAUACAAAUCCUACGGCAUCUCCUAUUUCGCAACUUCAACACUGGAGAGCAAAAUUUCCAAAUGCAGGCCUUAUUAGAUACUACCUACCUGGUAAUCAGGAACGGGUGCUGGUCACAAGCGUGGAAGCUCUAAAUGAUAUCCUCGUAACAAAAGCCUCACACUUUACCAAGCCUAUGGCCGUUAGGAAGCGUCUGUCCUACAUCACUGGCAAUGGGUUGCUUCUUUCUGAGGGGGGUGUUCAUAAAACCCAAAGAAGGGCACUCACGCCGGCAUUUUCGUUCCGGCAUGUCAAGGAAUUGUACCCCAUAUUCUGGCGACAAGCAAUGAAGAUGGCGGACUGCAUCGAAAGCGAUAUGACUACCAAUAUUGGUAAAGGUAUCGAAGUUGUUGAAGUUCGGAAGUGGGCCACGCGGGCGACGUUGGAUAUCAUCGGACUCGCCGGGCUGGGCCACGAUUUCGGCUCUCUGCAAAACCCAGACAAUGAAAUCUUGCGCCAGUACCAACGGAUGCGUCAAGAGCCAUCCCGGGUAGAAACCCUCCUGGAGGGACUUCUGUCGUUUAUCUUACCGUAUUUCGACCGUGUGGUCUCAAUGCUGCCCACCAGGCGGGCAACCAUCAUCGUGGAGGCGUCACAAUGUAUUCGGGCGUUAUGCGGCAAGCUCGUUCAGGAUAAGAAGAAGCAAAACUGCGAGAGAUUGGAGGGUCAAUGUGAUAUAGCCACCGUCGCUCUCAAAAGCGGAGUAUUCACAGACAGUGAGCUGGUCGACCAGAUGAUGACUUUCCUGGCCGCAGGACAUGGCACGACAUCGCAUGCUUUGCAAUGGACAGUUUAUGCCUUGUGCAAGCAUCCUGGAGUGCAAGAACGUCUGCGGGCGGAGAUUCGCUAUCACUUGGGAUCGCCUAUUAAUCUCAAUCGUGCCGUCUCCGCUUCUGAUAUUGACGGUCUAGAGUACCUGCAGGCAGUCUGCAGUGAAACUCUUCGGCUUUACCCACCCGUUCCCACCACGACUCGAAAAUCCCUGCACGAGACCAUGCUUGGUGGCUAUCCCAUUCCCAAAGGAACAUUAUUCACUAUAUCACCUGCAGUGAUCAACGUCGAUCCCGCGCUCUGGGGACCCGAUUCCGAGAUCUUCGAUCCGGAACGUUGGAUCGGGAAGGGACGUGCGAACUCCGGCGGAUCCCGUAGCCAUCAUGCAUUUCUCACUUUCCUCCAAGGUCCUCGAAGCUGUAUUGGUGCUACAUUUGCGAGAGGUGAGUUGGCAUGCCUGGUAGCGGCGCUCGUUGGGCGGUUCCAGAUGGAGUUGGAGGAUCCGAAGAAGAAUGAGGAGUUGACAAAGCGAGGCGUGGGUGCUGCUCCUGCCGAUGGCGUUCGCGUGAAGUUCAAACUUGUUGACAUAUAG